AUUCGAUCAUUUCCGUGGAGGAAGUUGUACGUUCAAAACAAAUGUUAGCUCUUCGUUGAGUAGUUUUCUAUCGUUUACGGUAUCCAAACCCCUGAUAGUAUCGUAGUUUUAACCAGUGACCUGUGUAUCCAUGGAGACGCCUGAGCCCGGUCCAGCUGAUGGAGAGGAGCGCUUGGUGGAGCUGCGUCCUAGGACUCGGUCUAACCCUGAAGGCGCUGAGGACCGUCGCAGCAGCACAGGCAGCCUGGGAGGAAACAGUAACCCCAACAUAUCUCAGCCUGCGGUGGGCAGUCGAGUGGAGGGGGAGGGCGAGGCCUCCACCAGCGACAGUCCUCCGAGUUCCACCACCACCACGGUCUCGGCAGCAGCGGCUCAGACAGCAGCGCCCGCCGCCGCAGCCACUGUGACGGCAGCCAGUGCCACGGUGCCUCUGUCCACCGCCGCCACCAAAGAGAGGCCGAAACCGCCACAGCAGCAGCCCACAGUGACCACGUCCGUCCCUCCGCCUGCAGAGUAUCAGCUCAGAGUCCCCCGGGUGAACUGCCCAGAGAAAGUGAUCAUCUGCUUAGACCUUUCUGAGGAGAUGUCUUUGCCAAAGUUAGAGUCUUUUAAUGGAUCUAAAACCAACGCACUCAACAUUUCACAGAAGAUGAUUGAAAUGUUUGUCAGAACGAAACACAAGAUCGACAAACGCCAUGAGUUUGCUCUGGUUGUAGUUAAUGAUGACGCUCUGUGGCUGUCAGGCUUUACCUCUGACCCCAGGGAGCUGUGCAGCUGUUUGUACGACCUGGAAACCAACGUAUGCGAGUCCUUCAACCUGGAAGAUCUGCUUAAUGUGAUUCGUCAGAAGAUUGAACUACCGUUGAUGGAGAACGUUCAGACCAUCCCUCCUCCGUAUGUUGUACGAACUGUGCUGAUCUACAGCCGACACGCAGGACAAGUCCAGUUCAACCCUUCAGAGGCCGUCAGUAAAAUGAUGCAGUCUCCGUAUUUUUUCUUCGACGUGGUUUACCUGCACAACGGAGUGGAUGAGCAGGGGGACGAGACCAGCUGGAGGGAAAACUACACCUCAUUCUGCAACCUGGACUCAAAGGGCAUGUGCUACCGCUUCGAGGUUUCCCUCUGCGGACCUGCCAUCGAGCUGCACAACUGCAUGGCCAAACUCCUGGCUCACCCUCUGCAGAGGCCGUUCCAGAGCCACGCCUCCUACAGCCUGUUGGAGGGGGACGACCCCCAGGACGUCGAGGCCACCGUCUGAACACUGAUUCCCUGUGAAAUUCACACACUGUAGUUUAUCUGAAGAGGGGGUGGGGGUGGGGGGGGGUUCAGAUAGAUUUUUGGAAGAAACCAGCCUGAUCCUGGAUGAAGCUGCUGAUUUUAGUCCAGUCGUGUGUCCACGAGGUGACGAUGAAAGACUGGAUGAAUGUGUGAGGGUAAGAUAAUGAAGAAUUUAUCUUAUUGUUAGCUGUAAAAAAACAGGGGAGUGGGAUCAGCUAUCAGAGGUUUGAGCAAGAAAGACAAAUGAAAAUCCUUUAGUUCAAGAAUUGGACUGUUUUUCCUUCAAAUCUUAAACCACAUUGAUCUGGUUUUGGUCUGAAAGGCUGAUAUCAGUUCAUACAAACUGUAAAACUGUCACUUAUUCACAGCCUUUUCAGACCUUUUGUAGGUGUUGAACUGUAACAUCAUGGACUGUUCUGUCUUCUGUUGCCAUUCCUUUUAGCCGUUUUUCAUUUUAAAGGUUUGUUUCUCAGAUUGUGAAUCAGUGAAUGUACAGUCCUGUAGUUUUGGCCUCGUUAACCUCUUUUUUUUUUUUUUAACAGUUACCAGUAUGUGACACUGAAGGUUUGAUUGUGACAAAGGCCCGUUGUACUGCCAGUGCGUGCACCUGAACAUUGUACAGAUGAGCGUUUGUGGACUGUUUCUGAACAUUAAAACAGGAUCCAUCAUA